AUGUGUUUUGGCUUCUUUGACGGUAUCAAGCCGCUUCCACCUCUUCGAGACAAAUACAAAUCCGAAGAGAAGUACCAGAAAGCGUAUGCCAAGUACGAAAAGAAGUUAGAGGAGUACUUGGACGAAGACAACAGCCGAAGAAGAAUAGCCAACUCUAAAGCAGCGUCUACUGCAGGAGUCUCUUACGCUAUUGGUGGUUAG